AUGGUGGCCUGCAGUCGUAGCGCCAUGGGCCUGUGGGAUGCCACUGUGGGUGGAGGUGGACCUCGGCGCGGGUGUCUCCCCGCAUCUGACUGGAGCCCCUGCGCCACCGUUGCCGAGGUCAUCAAGAUCGAGCAUCCCACUCGAGGCGAUGAUACCCGCGCCUGGGGACCGCCUUAUGCCACCUACAAGGAAGGCUCAACACAAAAAGGACCCGGGGAGUCGGCUUACUUUCUUGCCGUGAACCGCAACAAGAAGUCCCUGGGCCUCAACUUUCAGCAUCCCAGCGGCACCAAGAUCCUCCACAAGCUGGUCGCCGGCUGUGACAUUCUCGUCGAAAACUACCUCCCAGGGACGCUGAAGAAGUACAAACUCGACUACGACACGUUACGGGCCAUCAAUCCUGCCCUCAUUUACGCCCGUGACGGCCCGCCCGUCAAGGUCGGUGUCGCCGUGACGUACCUGACGACGGGCCUGUACACGAGCAACAGCAUCAUGGCCGCACUGCUGGCCCGUGCCAAGACUGGCAGGGGACAACACAUUGAUGUUUCGUUGAGCGAUUGCCAGACGGCGACGCUGGCCAACAUUGCCAGCAGCUGCCUCGUCAGUGGGAAGAAGGACUCGGGUCGCUGGGGAACCGCGCAUCCAUCAAUUGUGCCCUACCGAUCAUUUAAGACGCGGGAUGGAGACAUUCUCUUCGGGGGUGGCAACGAUCGGCUCUACGGCAUUCUCUGCGAGGGCCUGGGUCGGCCGGAGCUGAAAGACGAUCCGAAGUACAUUACCAAUGCCCAGAGAGUCGCAAAUCGCAUCGAGCUGGAGGCUUUGAUCGAGGGCAUCUCAAUGACGAAGACGACCGAAGAAUGGCUGCAGGUAUUCGAGGGCAAGGGGAUGCCGUAUGCAGCAGUUAACGACGUGCAGGCGACAAUGGAGCACGAGCACACAAAAGCGAGGAACAUGGUCGUAGAGAUGGAUCACGAGCACUGCGGCACGAUCAAGAUGGUGAACACACCAGUCAAAUACUCGGAGAGCGAGCCGAGGAUCCGGUCUGUGCCGCCAACUCUUGGGCAGCAUACGGAAGAGGUAUUGACCCAACAGCUGGGGUUGUCGGCGGAGGGAGUUCAAGCGUUGCGGAGCGAAGGAGUUGUAAGGUGA